AUGCUCAUUACGGCUCUCAUACAUGUGCUGUGGGCACUCCUUGAAGCCUCGAAUGAGCUGGCUGGUGCGGGCGACUGCGUCGCUGUGCGGGCAAUGGCGUCACUGCGGCAUGAGCACGUGGUGCGCCUGUUGGGCUUCUGCCUGCAUCAGAACGUGGAGAGCGGCCAGCAGGAGCAGAUCCUCGUCUACGAGUUCGUGCCCAACGGGGACCUCAAGUACCACAUCCACGACUCCAAGACGACCAUGUCCCUGCAGCAGCGGCUGCAGCUGGCGGUGGGGGCGGCGGAGGGAGUGGCCUUUGGCGUGGUGCUGCUUGAGCUCUUGACAAAACAGAGGACAAAUGUGGAGGGAACUAACGUCCACAUUCGUAAAUGGGCGACGCGCAAGGUGCAGGCGUACGAGUUCAGCUCGCUGAAGGACGCGGCACUGGAGGCCCCGGAGGAUGCGGUGGUGGAGUUUGCAGACAUCGCUCUCGACUGCGUCAAGGUGCCCGGCUCCCGCCGCCCCCCCAUGAAAGACGUCGCACGCCGCCUGCAGGCGCUCCUCUCUAAAUACUGCAGCGAAGGGACCUGCAACCCCCAUGAACCGAGCACACGCAUGACGGAGACCAUGGAGGAGAGCCUGGAAAAGCUCACGGGUGGUGGCACCGGUGGUGACAUGGACACUUUUGGAAAGAUAGAUAUUUCGGAGGAGUUGUGA